UGAGAUUUUACAAAUAUGUUAUUCCUAUUUAAUGUCUUACAUCAACACGGCGCCUAAAUACUGUGAAACUAUUCAAGGAAUUCGAGUUUGUCAAAAUCAUAUAUGUUAUUUGUAAUUCACCUAAAAUUUUGCAAAACGAAAUUUGACUCGCCAAUAUAAACAAUUUCAGACAGCUAUAUAGAUCAUCCUAAUAUGUGACUACUAAUUUUAACAUAAAUGGCGUUAUAAUUAUUUCAUAAAAGAUUAGAAAUGUAUCACAUAACUGUAAUGUGGACAAGUAUUUUCUGAAACUCUUUUUUAAAAAUGUAGAACGAAUGUCUUUUAUUUCUGUCCACUUUGUUGUUAAAUAUUUGACUGUUGAUAGUUCCCUAAUAAUUCCUGAUGAAUUGUAAGAUUGCUUUAUGUCUACUAAGUAUUCUAAUGUGAUUUUUAACUUUUUUCUCGGUCAAGAAAAUUGAAAAAGCAUAUCAAAGGAGUAACUUUCAUUCACGUGAUAAUUAACAAAAUUAGUCAUCUGAUAAACCAGAUCUGGUCUUAUUUAGUGUACCCACAAAUAAUGUGUAUCGUAAACUAAGUUGGCCAAUAUAAAUACUUAACGCGAGUUAUUAUUUAGUCAAGUAAUUCAGACCCAAACUACAUUUUGCUUCUCUGAUUCAUUAUGGGACAAAAGGUAAAUAACAAAUGAUAGUUCGAAUUUAUCACUGAUUAACACAAAAAGCUAAUGUAAAUAUUUUGAAUCAAAUAAAUUUAGCAGUUACCUUUUUGCUUCAUUUUGAAUAAUGGCGUGAUUAUAAUUCAUGGACGACCUGUGGACAGAUCUUAAGUGACCUUGAGAAACCCCAGCCAAUCAAGAAACAGUCCGUAUAGAGUAAAUAUAUACUAUACAAAACAAAAAAAUUAGAGUGGAUACACCUCUUUAACAUGGUUUAAACACUUUUCAACGUUAGAAAGAGGCUCUACAGUUCUGAAAUCAUAAUGUAUACGAUACAGAAACUCAUCCAUGUGACUACAGAUUAUUCGACCUUUGGAACUAUGAUAAGGUUACAAAACUUCGUUUAGCCUAAACUUGAUCGCUUCUAUAUAAUUGGCAUGUGCUUCCGUGGUGGGGUCUACAAAAUGUCGUUUGUGAGCGACGAUACGAUGCCCGUAGCCAAGUCUAGAUAGGCAUCGAUAUGCUCUCCAGUCAUGCGUGUAGACUGUGGUGUCCGGUUGCAUAUACUCUCGUAUAACUGGUAUUAUAGUUGCAGCUUGUCGAUUUCUCCUGCACUGAAAGUGUCCCUUUUGAGAUAAUCUAUCAUAUAUACCAAGAACCUACUAAGUACGUUUUAGUAAGUGCUACUUAUUCAGUUUUCUUUAACAAUUCUUCUUUUAUUGAACUUGCGUUUUCUAACGUCUGUUUUGUCGAUUUCUGAGAUUCUCCCGAUUCCUACAAACGACUGAUACAAGCUUGUUAUUUUCAUUGCACAUAUAUCAUGACAGUACUCAUACCACUGAACUGCCUAAGCUUCAGUAACAUCUGCAAAGGUUUCAGUCAAUGUUACUGGCGCUUUUGUUAUCCAAUUUGCAAGAAUUAUCAUAAUCUAUCUUAGUGUCUAUCAGUAUCAAGCGGAAAAAGUCUCCGUUCUAGCAAACAUUUUAAUCCAACAUAUAUUACAUCAAAAUGCAACAUCGUCACGAUAGUUUUGACAAUGUUCAACGGUCAUUAGAGUACCGUUAUAACAAAUAAAGAAUUUUUACUGAUCCUGACUGUUGUAGCCGCUUAACUAUAACGUUCUCAUUGAAAUCUGCUGUAAACCAAUAGUACGUGAGUACUGGAUAUUGAAAUAUAUGCCGUGACCAUGAAAUCGUUCACUGGCUUCUGUUCAGACAGUCCAUAAAUUGUAGUUUCGCUGUCCAACAGACGUUUUUGAUUUGCUACUACAUGGUAUAUUUAUCACUUCUAAAUAAAAGGAAUUGGAAAACGUUCACAAUUUUAUCAACAACUCAUAUCGACUACAAAAAGUUUGAAUUAAAGGGGAAAUCGAACAAAAACUCCUGAUGACCAAUCCAAGAAAAUCUGAGGGUUAGGUAUAGAACAAAAGUGUCCAUAAUAAUGGAAUCUUCAGCUACAGUAAUAGUAAUUAUGCGGCUGAUAAAACUUAUGUAAAAAUAUCAUUUCGAUAACUUACGGCAUUCUGCACAAAUGUGUUUUGCAGGAAACUACCGAAACAUGUAUAAUGAUUAUUUUCUUGAAGAUUGUGUAGUCAGAAAAAAAUAUCAAGCGGGAUGUCAAGAAUAUUUAGCCCAAAAACUGUUAUCGAAGGUAACAGACGAAUUUUGUCAUCUCUUAAAAUAAAUAUCUGAGUUAUUUAUCAAAUUAUCGAGGAUUACUGGAAUAUGUCCAGCUUAGAGAUGAACAAGAUUGGUCCAGUUUUUACUAUGCAACUAAAGGAUAUACUGUCAAAGGAACAUGAAUCAUAUAUAAUUUUCUAAACGUAAUUGAAUAAAUGUGUAAAACAUAAAAGUACACAAUGUGGUCAAUCUUCUAGUGUUUGUUUGUGUGAACAUCAAUUACUAGUUAAACAUCACUAAAUAUCCUCUCAAUGACUGGAGCAUAUAAAUAGUUUUAAACAUAAAAAUGAUAAGGAGAUAUGAAUCCAGUGAUCCAAUCAUCAAAAGAGCGAAUGCAACAUUUCAAAGUAAGCUACUUAGGUAUAUACAAAGAAACUUUUCAACUUCGUACUGAUUGUUUCACUAAGAAAUAUAAUAAAAGCUUUACUGGUGAACCUAUCAGCUUACAGUACAUAGAAACUAACUGACUAAGAAAACUGUUUUCAAUAAGAUUAAUUGAGUAUUUGUAUGAUUGGUGCAUGGGUGUAACGGUUUACAGUCUGAGGUAAUUUUUUCAUUAUUCAGUCGGUAAAUAACAGUCAAAAUAAAAACAUUCUCCUUAAUAUGUGCUAUGCAAUAAUUAAAUAAUUCUACUUACAAUAUUUGAAAGGACUGUUUUCGUUUAGUCAAAAAUUAUCGAACUUAUUCCAAGUGUAUUUUUCAUGUUUCAGGUAUAUUUCAUAAUCUUCGUUUUAUUUUUUCUUACAAUUAAGGUUUAUUCAUCCAUAUUUCAACCUCUGAAUCAAGUGACAAGCUUAUUGUCCUACAGUCUACUCUCCGUUGCUUUGCUACUCUUAUUCCUAUUCCUAAUCGUACUACUGAUUUACCGACGUCGUCACAGGGAUGGAAAGUCUAACAAACACUCAUUUUUUAUUAGUUUCAAUCCAGCAAGACGUUUACAUUCAAGCAGUGGGAAUGGUUCAUCUAUCCUGGGACUAGGUAGUGAUUUAACGACGAGUGGUUUACCGCUUGAUUUAGCUACUCUUGAGCCACUAUGGAAUCAAGAAGUUAACUCAUUAUACGGCAUUAGUAAACCUGAUCUUAACAACUUUGAACAAGUCCCACAGAUACCAGCAGCAAAUAUACGUUUUCUACGUUAUAUUGGGUGUGGAGCAUUUGGUAAAGUGUGGGAAGGCUGGUUUCAUGUUCGUGACGCGAAUGGGGAACGGUUUGAAAAGGUCGCACUAAAAGUAAGAAAUUGUAAAUCACUAACUGAAGCUGAAUUUAAACGUGAAGCGACACUUAUGCACAAAUAUCAGCAUACAAAUAUUGUACGAUUCUUCGGUGUGUCAUUCGACUCACCUGGACAACAAUGUCUUGUCCUAGAAAUGAUGGAUCAAGGCAAUUUAAGGGAUUAUCUUCACCGUUCGCGGCCCAGAAUUGCACCUGACAUAGCUGCGAAUGUUUUUGCUGCUGCAGCUAUCUGCGCAGCUGCUGGAAGAACAGGAGGUUCUGAUGGGUCCUCAGUAAACACGAGCACAACUAGUACAGCACCAGGUGGUGGAACACCGAGUGCUUCAAACGUUAUUACAUUGACAGCACAAUUAGAUCUACCUGCACUGGUCAAUAUAAUGAGAGAUAUAUGCCAUGGAUGCUGUUACCUAGAGGAGCAACACUUUGUCCAUAGAGACAUUGCAGCACGAAAUUGUUUAGUGAGUCAUAACCAUUCAAGUGGGCGUAUAGUUAAAUUGUGUGAUUUCGGACUAGCACGAGAUAUUUAUAAAAAUGAUUACUAUCGUAAGCGCAAUGAACCCAAAUUACCUGUGAGAUGGAUGUCACCAGAAGCUAUUCGUGAUGGUUUAUUCACAACAAAAUCUGAUGUUUGGGCAUAUGCUGUUACCUGCUGGGAAGUUUUAACCCUAGGUGCUGAUCCAUUUUACGGCCGAGCGAAUGUGGAUGUCAUGAAUUUAGUUAUUGGUGGACACGUUUUGGGACGUCCUGAAAACUGUCCAGAAGAACUUUAUAAUCAACUACUACAAUGUUGGAGUCGAUUUACAGAAAUGAGACCAACAUUUGGACAGCUAUGCAAAAAGAUGGAUGAAUUCAUUAUGGCUUCACAAAAUAAUCAAAGCCCCUUCUCUCAACCAUUUGUCGUAUCGUUGCCUCUGCCUAAAAGUUUACAAGGUGGAUCAGGACAACAAGCAUCCAUUUAUGGUUCAAAUAAACCGCAUCAUGAACCGAAUGAUAUAUCACUUUGCAUGCUUUCUAAUAACUGUCAACGCAUAACGUCUCUAGAUGGUGAACGCCCAGUAAGCGACAUGGACUCAUCGCUAAUUAAUGAGACCAAUCUAUCCCAAGGAAUGAGUUCCAGUAAACAACUUUUACUGUCAUCCAACAAUUCUAAAGACUUGAAGCUAUCGACAUUUCAUACAAAAAGCCGUUCAUAUGCAGAAACAGUUACUCGUGGUUACAUUGUAACACCUGGUGUUGAAGGCAUCAGUAUGAAUAAGUUCAACUACCGGGAGUCUCUAAUGGAGAAACGAAAUUACACGUCAUCGACUGCCCCACUGGCUGGUGCUUAUGAAUGUUCAAUGUCCGAUCCAUCCACGGAACAAACAACAUUGGCGACCACAUCGAAUGGUACUGAAAGUAAUAGGCAAGCCUCUGUUAAGCUGAAAUCGCGGUCAAUACAAGGUAAUACGGAGAACAGAAGCGAUAAAAUGACAAACUCAACAAAUGCGAAUUUGCAACAUCGGCAAAACCAAAUCCAACCACCAAGUUCAAACUUUUGCCUAGACACCUUACUACGCGACCAAAAUGGCACAAAAGCAAAUUCUUACAAAACUUUGGGUUAUCAUGAUAAGAGUAGUAAUCACAAUAACAAGUUCAUUGCCCUCAGUACCACUAAUGCUAAUAACAGUGAUCAAAAAGGGAGUCAUCUAGUUCCGUUUAAUUACAACCAUGCACAUAGUAAACCACUGCAUUCUAAAUCAUUUAAUUCAAAAUCAACCAGUAUGGUAGAAACUAUGCCUUAUAGUGGUAGUGGGUCAACCAAUAACCGCAGUCUAACAGCUUAUUGGUUAAUGGAAACCGGUGGUGGUGUUGAUUCACUAGGUUAUGAAAGACCAUCACUAAUCCGUACAUCAUUUCCAUCCCAGACGAACUCAGUGAAUUCACAUGGUGAAAAUACUAAUAUUUCAACAUUCAUUGAUCAAAACUGUAACAAUGACUUUCUUGAAAGAGUUAUUUGCAAUCACCAGUCACUAAAAAAAGCAUCAACUAACAUAUUAACAACCUGAGCUUGAAGCAUUACUGCGAAGUUACCUUCGUAUGUUACGAAACAAUUAACGCACAAUCACAAAUAUAAAUACGCAUAAAGGGUCAU